AUGAUGGAGGAAAAUCGCAUCCCUGAUCGCGACGAGCUGUGCGACUACAACUAUGCCGUGGCAGGACACGCCGGCACGUUAUGCGACAAAGAUGGAAAGCUCUUCAUCAAGCCCUGCACACCGACCGAGAUGGACUUUUACCAAUCCGCCAUCAAAAACCCCGAAUUUGCCGACAUCAUGCCUCGCUUCAUGGGCUCAUUAGUACUCUGCGACCCCUCCGACCUUAAAGUCGACGAUGCCGUUACGGGCAUCAUCUCAGAUGCUGGCGCCAUCCAGACCGCCAAGGAGCAGAUCGAAGCGACCGUCGCGGAGCAGGUCUCGCGCGCGCCCGCCAAGACGGCGCCGCACAACGGCGCCCCCUGGGCCCCCACGAACGGAAAGAAGAUCAAGACCAACAUGGCGGUCGUGCUGGAGAACGCCACCCGCGGCUUUACCAAACCCAACAUCCUCGACGUCAAGCUCGGCACGCGGCUGUGGGCCGACGAUGCGCCCGCCGCGAAAAAGGCGCGCUUUGACAAGAUUGCCUCGGAGACGACACACGACAAGCUUGGAUUCCGCAUAGCGGGCAUGCGCGUCUUUCGCGGGUCGGAGGACGCGACGCAGCUUGACAAGGAGGGCUACCUCGUCUACGACAAGGACUACGGCCGCAUGACGAUGACCAAUGACAACAUCCUCGACGGGUUCCGCCACUUCAUCUUCAACGAAGCCGCCGGCAUCGACGAGGACCUGGGCCAGGCCGUGUGCUCGGCGUUUGCGUCCGAAGUGAGCCGCAUCCAGGAGAUUCUCGAGGCGCACGAGACGCGCAUGUACUCGUCGUCGCUCCUCUUUAUAUUCGAGGGCGACGGCGAGGCGCUCAGCAGGGCCAUUGAGAAGAACAAUGCUUUUGCUACGGCCGUCGAGGCCGUCGAAGCCAAGCUCGCCAACCGCACGACCCUGCGUACUGAUAGCGGCAUUGCCAUGGACGACGAUGACGAGCUGAUCCAGGCUGCUGUGCUGGGUGAUGAUGAUGAUGAUGACGACGACGACGACGAUGACACAGACUCGGUCAUAGGGCCCUCUGCUCUGCCGCCAAUAUUUUCGCUAAAGCUGAUUGACUUUGCGCAUGCGCAGUGGACGCCAGGUCAAGGCCCUGACGAGAACUUGUUAAAGGGUCCCGGCAUGUCAAUUCCAGGGCUGGGGCAGAUUCCUGCACAGCACGUUGAAUCGUCGACUCGCGUCGUCGCGCUCCGCAAGGCCGGCGAAUGGCGCUUCCACCUCGCGCCCGGCGCCACGGUCAGCGUCAAGCUGCUGUCGGGCACGGCUGAGAAGGACGGCGUGGAGCUCGCGCCGCGCAAUGCCUACAAGCUCAGCGGCCCGCUGCGCGGCAAGCUCCUCACCUGGCACGGGUGCGAGCUCGAGGUCGACGGCCGCACCGAGCACGACGCGACGGCCGCCUUUUACGCACCGACGGAGAACCCCGCGACGUCACACCUGAAUCUCCACGCGCGGCUGGCGGAGAUGCGCGGCGCGGCGGCGCGCGAGCGCAGAGAGGGCCCGCGGGUGCUGGUGACGGGCGCGCGCGCGACGGGCAAGACGACGCUCGUGCGCACGCUGGCGAGCUACGCGACGCGGCAGGGCGACCAGCCGAUCGUGGUCAACGCGGACCCGGGCGAGGGCAUGCUGAGCCUCGCGGGGACGCUGAGCGCGGGCGUGUUCGCGACGGUCAUGGACCCCGUGGCGACGGACGGCUGGGGUAGCACACCGACGAGCGGGCCGAGCACGGUGCCGGUCAAGCUGCCGCUCGUGUACUACUACGGGCGCGAGUCGCCCGAGGAGGACGCCGAGGUGUACAAGCAGCUGUUUGGGCGGCUCGCGGGCGGCGUGAGCGGCAGGCUGAGCGAGGACCCGGACGUCAAGUCGUCGGGGGUGCUGGUGGACUCGAUGGGCGUGGAGGCGGGGAGCGCGAGGGGCUUGGACCUGCUGGCGCACAUGGUGGAUGAGCUAUCAGUGAACAUUGUCGUCAUUUUGGGGACGAGCGGCUUGAACGCAGAGAUUGCCAAGCGCUUCGCCACGGAAAAGACGAGUCUGGGCGAAGCGAUCCAAGUCAUCACGCUGGACAAGUCAGACGGCGUGGUGGACAGGGACGAGACGUUUACGGAGCACAGCCGCGAGGCCGUCAUUAAGGAGUACUUUUUCGGCGAUGCGCGACGGUCGCUGAGCCCGCAGAUUCAGCAGGUUGAUUUUGACAGCCUCGUCAUCUACCGACUACCAGACUACUCCGACUACGAAACGGACACGCUGGUGCGCGAAGAGGCGUGCUCGUCGAUGGAGCACUGGACGCUGGCGAUUAUGCACGCGUCCAUCAGGGACUCGCCCGAGACGAUCCGGGCGGCGGGCGUCAUGGGCUUCGUGUACGUGUCCGACGUGGACGAGCAGAAGCGCAAGGUCAAGAUGCUGGCGCCGGUGAGCGGACGGCUGGGCGACCGGCCGCUGGUGUGGGGGCGGUGGCCGGAGCCGUUUAUCAAUUUGCUGGGCUGA